AUGGCCCCCCAAGCGAGCACGAGCAGUGCCCCGCAGCAUCCCCCGCUUUCUCUUACGAAUAAUCUCAUGACCAAAUUGAAGCCGGCCAGGAUCUACAAAGGCGCCGUCGAUAGCCUGCCUCAACCGUCGCCUAGCUUUCCGCCUCGUCCUGGCAACCAAGGCCCACGGCAUAUAACAGGGAUAUGCUUUGAUGAUAGAGGGGACCAGGUAAUUACAGCGGCAGAAGACGAAACGUUUAGGCUGUACAAUUGCAAAAGCGGCAAGCCUCUAAAGACGCUCUUUUCCAAGAAGUAUGGAGUAGAUCUCCCGCGUUUCACCCAUAAAAACACCGCAAUAAUACAUGCGUCCACCAAGGAAGAUGACACCGUCAGAUACCAUUCACUGCACGACAACAAAUACCUUCAGUAUUUCAAGGGGCACAAGGGCCGGGUCAUUUCUCUGGAAAUGUCUCCUGUAGAUGAUGGAUUCAUGUCGGGAUCUAUGGACAAAACUGUUCGCCUUUGGGAUCUUCGCGGUCCCAAUUGUCGAGGUCUACUUUCACUUCCUUCAACACCCAUCGUUGCUUAUGAUUCCACUGGUAUUGUCUUCGCCGUGGCUGUCAAUCAUUAUUCCAGAAUACUGUUGUACGACCAUGCUAACUACGACAAGGCGCCAUUUCUCGUCAUUACUCUGGAAGAUCCAACUCUGUCUUUCGUCAGCUAUCCCCCUCGACCCAUCUUCAUGACUUCUUUGUCCUUUUCAUCAAAUGGGAAAUACAUUCUCGUCGGUUGUUCAGGUGAUGCACAUUAUAUUCUAGAUGCCUUUGAAGGACAUCUAUUGGCCAAGCUCCAAGGGCAUAUAGGGCUCGAACGACGGUCAACAGCGGCGCCCCCUACUAUUGAACCCGCAAAGGGCGGAAGUGGUGAGGAAGUUAGCUGGACGCCGGAUAGUCGUUAUAUUGUUAGCGGCAGUUUGGACGGUAAAGUUCACGUCUGGGAUGUACAAAACCUUCCCAAAAAGAGUGGUCCGGUAGAUUUGAGAGCAGCGCCUGUGCGGCUCCAACCGCUGGCGUCUCUGGAAGGCCAUCCAGGUCCAUCCAGAUGCGUGAAAUUCAAUCCGCGGUUCGCAAUGAUGUGUUCUGCAGGCGCUGAGCUGGCGUUUUGGCUUCCUGAUACUAGCGGUGAUGUAGAAGAAACCGCUCGGGAAUUGUUGAAGCGGAAAGGGCACCCUGCUUGA